UUCUGUGAGUCACAGUCACACAGACGUAUGAAUAAAAAACACUAUAAUUCGAAAUGGCAUUUGAUGAGAAACGAUAUGAGAUAUCUGACAGUAACCUCGGAAUUAAUCUCGUGAGAAAAAGCAACGAUAUCGAUCCAUAUGAUGAUGAUCCAGAUGUUUUAAGAGCUGAAUUAUCCUGUGGUCACGUCACUGGUCCAUAUACACUGACUGAAUACUGCAGAAUACUGCUGAUGGAUGGUAAAGCCGAGCUGAGAUGUCCUUUGUGUAGUGAACAAUGGUCUUACACUGAAGUCCGUAAAUUAGCCAAACUUACACCAGAAGAACAGCAAUACUUUGAAGAAACACUUGCUAAGAAUGCUACCAGAAAGAUAGUAGACAUCAAGAAUUGUCCUGGUUGCGACUGGUUGAUUGAGAGAUCAGACUCGUCUAAUCUCAGUGUGCAAUGCACCGUUUGCUCCGCAAAUAAGGGCAAAACCUUUGAGUUCUGCUGGCAGUGUCUGAGAGAGUGGAAAGGUCAUCAGCCUCGAUCUGAUAGAUGUGACAAUGACGGCUGCAGCAACAGAGAUCUGGAUCUACUGAGAGAUUGUGAAACUAUUAUUUUAAAAGAUGCUGCGAAAAUUGAAUGUCCAGCGGUUCGUGCUUGUAUAACAUGUGGUUUGCUGAUUAACCACAACACAAACAAUUGUAAAUCUGUUACAUGCUCUAGAUGUCAUACAGUGUUUUGUUUUGUCUGUCUCAAGCUCAAACUUGAAUGUGGGAAGACAAGGGGUUACUAUCAACCCUGUUUAGAUGGUUUGGCUCCACGACAGACUUCAAUUCCGUUUUGGAGAGAUAAACAAUAAAUUACAAAUCUGUUUUGAGGUUAAGCAGACAAUAACUUUUGCCAUUUGAUAAUGCUAAUGACCUUCGAUAAUAUUUUUUAAGAAAAAAAGAAAUGUUUUUUGAUUGUAAAUG